AUGCCCGACCAGCUCAAGUCCAGCGAGGUCCACUCCCAGACCGACCCCUCCGUCGCCAAGCAGUACGACAACGAGACCGACAAAGUCAAGCAGAUCCAGGACUUCUUCUCGCUCGUCGAUGACAAGAAGAUCGGCAUCCUGAACACGUACCGCAAUGGCGUCGGGCCGGUAGGACGCUCCAUGGCAACUGCACGACGCGACGGACCAGACUUUCUCUUCCUCGCCAACAACCACAGCCGCAAGUUCUCCGACCUCGAGUCCAACAAGGAAGUCCAGAUCACCUUCCAGGACAGCAAGACACAAGACUGGAUCUCCGUCUCAGGCACUGCCACCACAAUCUCCAACUCAGACCCGCGCAUCAAGGAAGUCUGGUCUCGUGGCGCCGCAGCCUGGUUCGGUGACCUGGGCGACGGAAAACACGACGGCAGCGCCGACGACCCAAGGAUGACACUGAUCGAGGUCAAGAGCAAGUACGUGACGUACUACAAGACCGAGGUGGGCUUGCUCGGCUACGCAAAGGAGGUGGCCGGUGCCGCCAUCACGGGAGGCGUUGCGAACACUGGUGUGCUGAGGGAGCUGAGCGAGAGCGAUCUGGAGAAGGCCAGGCAGAUCAAACCUCGAACGAAGCUAUGA